AUGAAGAAGUCUGUAAUUGUGCCAUGCAAGAUUGCCCUUCUUCUUGCUAUUUUCUUGCUCAUCUCCAUGUCUUCGGUGAUUGAAGCAGCACAAAGUACAAGGGCAGAAGCUCAUGGAAUUGAAGCUUUUCAGUCGAGUCGGGGCAAUGUUUGUGCCAUGACAGAAGAUGGUUGCUUCGAAGAAGAAGAUUCAAAUUCAUUCGGUGUAGACUAUGCACCUGUUCAUGCCAAACCUCCUAUUCAUAAUAAUCGCUUGCAUGGUGAAAAUAAUUAG